AUGGAGCAAGCUGCACUACGAGGCAAGAACACGCCUUUCGCCGUCUACGCCGAAGUCCUUAAUGAGGCUACGGGCCACGUCACGGCCACGGACGCCGAACUCGAUGAUGGUGCCAUGAUGAAUGUCGCAUCGUAUGACUUCCUCGGUGCCUACGGACCCGUCACGCUCCGCCCAAGCAACGUUUACGCCAAGCUCGGCAACAGCAAGGUCGUCAAGUCAGACGGCAGCGUCGAGCUCACAGUUUGCGUCGGCAACAAGCAGAACCUUUCGCGCACCGUUAAGCAAUCGUUCGAGGUGCUGCGAGGCUACCCAGGCGCACUCCUCUUUGGCAAGCCGUGGAAAGCGGAGAUUGGCAUGAUCCACUUCUACCGGCUCGAGCUGGCGUUCAUUCCCAUGCCCGACAAGACCAGUGACGGCCGCCGAUGGAUUCGGCUCGAGAGCGAGCGUCAGGCCUACAUGCCGGGGCUGCCCGAGACGCCGCUCGACGCUCUGCGCCUAACCGAAGAUGCAAUGGAGGCCAACGUCGAGGAACUCGAGGUACUCGCCGUCCACGGGCUAGGCAACGCCACCGCCACCGCGCCCGCUCUUGCAUUCGAGGGGGACCUGGAAUCGUCGACGCCCGUCUACGAGAAGACCGACGAGAUCGAGGUCCCGUUGGACGACGAAGUCGAGCUGGCGGAAAGCGAUGAUCAGACCGAGCCCACCGCCGCCGUGCCGCUCCACACCGUCCAACCUGCGGAGGUGCACGUUGACCACAAAGAGCUCGAGCGACUCCAGCACCUGCACCCGCUUGUCAACGAGGACGCCGAUUACCUCGCUGACCGACAGAGCUAUCGUGACCGUUUUCAGCCAUUCCGCCUGAAUGGCAGGCCAGACGACGACAGCGAGGAAAGGGCGCAGCGCAUCGCCAACACCAUCGCGGCUCGCUUCGGCAACGUAGGGACUCCAGCCGAGCGAGAGCACUUCAAGGCGCUCCUCAAGGCCAAGCACCUCGCCUUCGCCGAAUCGCUCGCGGAUUGCAAGCAGAACCGCGCUGUUGUCUGCGAUCCCAAGCUUACAGCCGAGCCGCCGCCCACGACGCAUCGGGGCCGUCAACAGCCGCUCUCGCCGCCGCAGCAAGAAUUCUUCAACAAGAUCGUCGACGAGUACAUGAAGAACAACAUCAUGCGCUACAUCGCCGAGGAUGAGGUCAGCGUUGUGUCCGAGACACGGAUCGUGCCAAAGCCCUCGUCCGAGUAUCCGCCCGUCUCGCUCGAGGUCCUCAAGCAGAUCGUCAACGCUGCAUUGAAGAAGGCGGGCCUCGAACAUAACCCGACGAUCCCUGAGCCCGACCCAGCGGUCCUCGCUCGCCCACCGCCCACCGAGAAGAAGUGGCGUCUCGUGACCAAUUACGCUGGCGUCAACAAGUACAUGCGCGACAAGUCCUUCUAUCCAGGUGACAUGGACGUCAAGAUGGGCAAGCUGUCCGGCAAGCGCUAUGUCUUCAAGGUGGAUGGUUGCUCCGCCUUCUUCGUGGCGCUCCUCUCCGCCUGCGGGAUGCUCCUCUCGACGACCUGGGUGCCUGGCCGCGGCUAUGUCGUCUACAUGGUCAUGCCCUUCGGCUUCAAGAUCUCGCCGUCUGUCUUCAAUCGCUUCAUCGUCGAAGCGUUCGGCGACAUCUUCGACUGCGAUACGACCUGGUGGAUGGACGACAGCGGCGGCGGCAAGCAGAGCUUCGGCGACUUCUUCGAGUUCAACCGGCUCUUCCUCGACCGCUGCAUCGACGUCGGGUUCACGCUCUCGGUCAAGAAGUGUUCCUACUUCCACGAGGAGGUGCAGUUCUGCGGUCACAUCGUCGGUCAGCAUGGUAUCCGCGUCGAUCCCGAACGCCUCCGCGCCAUCGUCGACUGGCCCAAGCCUGCCACGGUCCGAGAGUUGAUGCAGUUCCGCGGCACGGCCUCGUAUCUGCGCAGCAAGGUGCCCGACUUCGCUAAGCACUUCGCGCCCCUCGACGAGCUGACUCGCAACGUCGACGACUACGAUAAGUCCCUCGACGAGAUCUGGGGCCCUCGACACGACGCCGCAUUCCUCCAGGUCAAGCAGCAACUCGUGAACUGCCGCGUCGUACGAGAGCCGCGCUAUGACGGUCGCCCAUUCUUUGUGCAUUUGGAUUGGAGCGGUGAAGGCAUCGGUGCAGUCCUGCUGCAGGAGUACCUCGUCCAACAAGAUCCUGUCACGAAACGGUGGGACGUCGUGGAGGACAUCGACAUCCGCGAGCCACUCGACGCAGCAUCGACGCCGACGUCUGCCGACCAGCCCGAUAAGCCCCAGGUCAAGAUCAAGCGAGUCGUCUUCCCGUUGGCGUAUGCGAGCAAGCGCAACACGGAGCGGGAGCAACGUUACCCAGCACAUCUCGGCGAGCUCGUCGCGGCCAAGUUCGCGCUGGACAAGUUCGCACCGUACACGUUCGGCCAGCCCAUCGUCCUGGUGACUGACUGCCAGGCGCUCAAGCAGAUCCUCGACUCCGACCGCUUCCCCAAUGCGCACGCCCGUUGGCGGGAGGAACUGCUCCGCCACGACAUCCGUCUUACCUGGCCCCGUCUCGUUCACGACGUCGCCGACUUCGUCAAGCGAUGCCAGACGUGUCAGCAGUUUGGCCCAACCGAGGGAACGACGCUCAGUCCCGUCGUUGUGAUUUCGCCGAUGGAAACAUGGGCCGCCGACUUCGUCUCGCUGCCGACCUCUCACGGCGUCAGCAAGCUUCUGGUGAUCAUCGCCUACUUUUCACGCUUCACCUGGGCAUUCCCCGUGCGUGCCGCGACUGGCAAGGAGGUCGUCAAAGCGCUCGCGUCGCUGCGCAAGGCGCUCGGGCACCUGCCGCAUACACUCGUGACCAACGGCGGCAGUCACUUCGACUGCCAAGAGGUCGCAGUUUACCUCGAGAGCGUUGGAACGCUGCACCACAUCACGCCAGCCUACGCACCAUGGGUCAAUGGCAUGGUCGAGCGCGCCAACCGAUCUCUCCUCGAUGAGCUGAAGAAGCUGUCAGCGCCGGCAGAGAUCCCACUGGGCGAGAUCGCUUCCGCGCAGUGGCUCCCAAAUCUCGACGAAGCUCUCCGCGCCAUCAACCGCCAUCCGAUGAAGGAGCUUGCCGACUUGUCGCCUUUGCAGCUGCACUACGGCCUCACGCGCUACCCGCGCGAGGAUCUUGUCGCCGCGACCGUCGAGCCAACAGUCGAGCAACGCCAGCUGGCCCGCGCGUUUGUCGAUGUCGAUCGUGAGCGCGCCCAGAUCCGUCACCUCGGCAGCCAAGACCGCCAGCUACGCACGUCAGCGCCGCAACAUGAGCCCGAGGAGUUCAAAGAGGGAGAUCUCGUCCUCAAGUACGAAAGCAGACUCCGUUCGACCUACGCUACCGCUGCCAAGCUCGCACCGCGCUGGACAGGCCCAUACGUCGUCGAGGCCAAGUUCCGCAGGUCCUACCGCAUUCGACUUCUCGCUGACGCGGCCCACAUCGAGCGCGCGCACCGUCGACGCCUCAAACGCUUUUGGCCAGCGCUUCCCGAGGACAACGCAGACCUCAACGCUCUCGACGCCGCCUUCGACAAGACCGACGAUGAGACUCCCUGA